UUUUUUAGCACAUUCUCGUCAAAACACAUUUCUUGUAUUGUGCCGCGUUAUUUACUUUUGCCCAUAAUAAAACGAAAUGAAGCGAUUAACGGAUGAACGUACAAAGAUUCUCUUUGAGAAGCUUGCUAAAUACAUUGGAACAAACGUUCAACAACUCAUUGAUAGGCCGGAUGGAACUUAUUGCUUCCGCGAGCACAAAGAUCGUGUUUAUUAUGUCUCUGAGCGCAUAUUAAAGCUAAGCGAGUGUUUCGGCUACAAGCAACUUGUGUGCGUGGGCACCUGCUUUGGAAAGUUUUCGAAGACAAAUAAACUAAAGUUCCAUAUUACGGCACUUUAUUAUUUGGCCCCCUAUGCACAGUACAAGGUUUGGGUCAAACCUUCUUUUGAGCAACAGUUUCUUUAUGGCAAUCACAUACCAAAAUCUGGCUUGGGCAGAAUAACGGAGAACGCUGGACAGUACCAGGGUGUGGUUGUGUUUUCUAUGAAUGACUUGGCUCUAGGAUUUGGUGUUCUUGCCCGAUCCACUACUGAAUGUAAAACUGCCGAUCCGCUGACGACUGUUUGCUUUCAUCAGUCUGAUAUUGGCGAAUAUAUACGCGCUGAGGAUACACUCUUUUAAUUUUAAUGAAAAUAU